ACGACAACAAUAAUACGGAAGAAGCAGGAAUCAGGUGACACUGCUGGCUGCAUUAGGUUAUUAGUUUCUGACGGUGGGGUAAAAAACAUAAUGGAGGACCAGGAGAUGCAACUGAAAGUCAGACGAGUGACUGACAAAUUCACGGAGAGCAUGUACGUCCUGGCUAACGAGCCGUCGGUGGCUCUCUACAGACUGCAGGAACACGUCAGGAGGUCGCUGCCUGAACUGGUGCAGCACAAGACAGACAUGCAGAGCUGGGAGGAACAAAGUCAAGGAGCCAUCUACACUGUGGAGUAUGCAUGCAGUGCUGUGAAGAGCAUGACAAACAGCAGCUUGUAUUUCAAAAACAUCGACAGCCUUCUCCGUCAAGCCAUCAGCAUGAAGGAACAGAUCAGUAGCUCUCAAGGACGCAGCUUACAUGAUGUGACUCCCUCUCCCAGCCCCCAUGUCUCUGCUCCACAUGCUCCAUCCACUUCCUCAUGAUCUCUGGUCAAAGGUGUUGCAGGAAAAGGACCGUGGAUUCAGGCAUGCUGAAGGACGGGGGAGAGAAGCACAGCUCUGGGAUGUGACGUGACUUCCUGAGUUGGCGGCGUCACCUCUACAGUCUCUCGCUCUGCUACCUAUUGAUUGCGGUUGAAGUGGGGUCAUAAGAGCGACACCUCCUCAUCACAAUGGAGUGACUGCCUCCACUGACCCCCCAGUACAAGCCACUCAGUGGAACAGAGCACACCAGCGCUGCCAGGUUCAGCAUUAAAAACACUUAAGUCAUGGCUGCUCAAAGAAUGCAUUGUUCUCUCAGACUCGCUGGACGGAUCAGCGAGAAAGCAGCAGCGCUGUUUUGCCUCCGCUGUUGAAAACCCACUGCACCCGCCAAUGUUUUGGACACUAGUUUUCAA